AUGAAUCUCUCCUUUUCGUCUAUCUUGCUGAUCAUCGGGUGCUGGGGUCAUGUAGCUAGCUUUCAAGCUCUCCCAAACAGCAUCUGGACAAAGAAGCUUGGUGUCUCACAGUCGCUAUCACCGCCAUCGGGGCGGAAAUGGGCCAUUUCAGGUGUUCUCAGCAACAGCAAGGGCAUCAACUCCUUGUCCGGACUACAAGCUACGAAGUCGUCGAGCCAAAGUGAUGACUCUCAGGAAGAAGAGACAAACUCAAGCUAUGGACUGGAUCGGACUACUAGAGUGGGCACUCUGCAGCCCAUGAAUCGCCGCGUGUUCAUGGCUGCUGCUGCUGCCGCCAUUGUGACCAAUUCCGUGCUCUUGGAAAAGGCCACUGCAGCUGACAACAGCAAGUCUGCGAGCACUCCUCCGCUGCCAUGGGAAACCAAUCCAGUCAACAAGCGUUCUGGCGUUACCGUCACAGAUGUUGAAACCGUGGGCUACAAUGUCGCCUUUGUCACUUACCUGUCAAGGUUUCUGCUCAACUUUGACCAAAACUGCCAACGAUAUUGGUUCACUGGAGUUAGCAUUCCGCAAACGGCGACUAGUGCAGAAGUGGAACGCAUUCGUCUGGAUCAGUUUGCAGCCUUUUCAGCUUCUGUGGAAUUGGGCUUGAGACAGUACAACCAAGGAUCGGAUGGCCCAAAGCAGUUAUUGCAAGACUUGGUUCAGAAGUAUGGAACUAUCCCUGACAAAAAUAUCGAUGACAGUAAGGCUAGUGAACGCCGGGUUGCCAGAGCAGCUAGAAGGCAAAUUGCUCUUCUGUUUGGUCUGAUGGAAGUCAAUCAACCCACAAAAGAAAUUACAAAGCUACUGGCAGCAGUCGACAAUGGGCGUGUAUCGUCUGUUCAACUCAACAAGGAUGCUCUUCAAAUGCAAGGAUUCGAACUGGGAAGGGAACCCAUUGUGACUUUUAAUCCACCCCAAGCAGGUGACAGUUUCCAAGUAGCUGAAGGUCGCGUUGUUCUCAAGCCAACCGGAAAUCUCUUGCGACUCGAUAUUGUGAAUGGAGGCAGUGGCUACAGCAGUCCUGCUAUUGUGACUGUGUCACCGCCUCCUACUGAAGGUGGCAUUACAGCCAAGGUCCAAGCAAAGAUUGUCAAGGGCCAAGUGGAGAGUCUUCGUAUCAUAGAUACAGGUUCUGGGUACACAGACAAGGAUCCCAUUGAAAUUGUGGUAGUGCCCACAGACGGAGAACCGGCAGUGGUGGCUCCCGUGCUGAACAUGGCUAUUUCCCGAAUAGAUGUUACCAGAGAAGGAUCCGGGUACGCGGUGGAAAAACCAACCAAAGUCUAUCUCACACCUUUCCCUGAAAAUAUCAGCAAGAACAAGGGCAGUUCAGCAGAACCCGUUCUAAUCGGGUUGACCUAUCCCGUGGCAGAGAAAAGUUCUUUCACUUCUUUUCGAAAAGAUGAUGAUACGAAGGAGCUGAGAGAUCAAGAGUCGAAUUUUGAAAAGCGCUACAAUCUGCAACAAGGGUCUGGUGCAGUGAGUGGUAUUGAUAGUGGCGCAGCGGCCCCUCGGCUUCCAUUCUGGACUGGGCGGGCGUCAUCCUCUGCAGAACUGCUACGAAUGCUUCCCGCAGGAGUGGGCUUGGAAUACGACUCUUCUGCCAAAAGAUAUGCUCUGGCCAUGGACACCGAGUAUAUGAAGAAGUAUCCAGCCUUUCUACAGCAGGGUUCCAGCCGAAUCAUUGGUACAGAGUUUGGACCACGCGGCAGAGCGCCAAUUGAACGAGACAGAGAGCUUGACUUAUCAGCUUACCUUCGGUUUAGCUUGUCGGGAGCUACGUGUGCCUCCGCUGUGCACCUCGCACUGACUCCACUGGACGUCGCCAAAACUCGGCUCCAGACAGCUCCAGACAAAAACCCCAAUAUUGCCACGGCCUUUCAGAAUAUUGCCCAAGAGGAUGGGCUUUCAACCUUUUUUACUGGCUGGAUACCCACUAUUCUCGGUAAUUUCCUUUCAGGUGGAGUAUUGUACGUGACAACGGAGUUCAUUCGCCGGUACCUUACUGAAGCCGCUGGAGUCGAAGCUUUGAAUCUUGAAGUCCCCAUUAUUUUGGCCGCAGCAGCAGUAGCGUCGGCUUUGGGAGCCGUGUUGAGCUGCCCCUUUGAGGCGGUGCGUAUUCGGACAGUUGCCCAGCCCGACUUUGCUCCAAACUCUAUUGAAGUGUUUACCAAAAUGCUCCAAGAAGAAGGCAUUGGCUCGUUGACGGACGCUAUUCCUGUCUUUCUGGUGCGCAAUAUUCCCUAUGCAAUGACAAAGUUUACAAUCUUUGACAUAUCUACGGAACGACUCUACGAAGCAUUUCCAGCAGCCCAGGAGGACAUCAAGUUAUCCCUGCUUGUCAGUCUGGUAGGGGGCAUUCUGGGAGGCUCUGCUGCGGCGUGUGUAAGCAACCCAGCAGACGCAGUCAUCUCUGAGCUGAAGAAAAGCUCCACAGAGCUAACACCGCAACAAGCUGUCGCAAACAUGCUUGAACGCAAUGGAGUUGCCACCUUCUUCGUGGGCUUGCCUCUUCGCAUCGUCUUCUACUCGCUCAUAGCCAGCAUGACAUUUGUGGUUUAUGACUUUGUCCGCAUUUUACUGAGGAUAGGCCCUGACGACUUGCGGCUAUACCUUGACGUUCUCAAUGGGAGUCUAGGCAACUCUCCUUCCUGA